AUGGUCAGAAUUCACGUUCCCCCAUUGGACAGUCCGUCUAAGCAGCUGAUGCUUGAUCUCACCCGGGACUUGGAACAAGUCAAGCUUUUCGACCUCGAGCUCAAGAAAGUUCAUGCCUACGAGCGCAAGGUGUUUUACGAAAAUCUCGACCGAAUUGAACGCGAGCAGGAAGCGGUACACACUGCAGCUCUUGACCAGGCUGCGGCCUUGCAUGACCAAGUUCGCGAAGAAGCAGAGAAAGUCUUGAGGGAGCACAACCGCGCUGAAGAAGAAGAGCGCCGCCGCAAGGAAGAGCAAGCUCGCAAAGAACGAGAGCGCAUUGAGCGCGAGAAAGCAGAGAAGCUUCGGCGAGAACAAGAAGAAGCUGCACGCAUCGAAGCCGCGCGCGAGGCUGAGCGCAAGGCCAAGGAAGCGCUGAAAAAGAAGGCAGAAGAGGAGGCUGAACAAGCCCGCCGGACUUCUCAGGAAAAGAAAGAAAGGCAAGAGCGCGAGCAACGGGAAAAAGUAGAGGCCGAACACCGAGCCAAGGCAGAAGAAGUAAAGAAACUCCAGCAAGCAGAAGAGGAGAAGGCCCGCAGCCAGCAGGUACAAAAGGUUGGUGGUGGCCGACUUACUCCUGAGGAGAUCGGUAUCCAGGAGCGAUAUGUGGCGCUCCACAAGACCCUGAAGGACAUGCGCGCAUGGUUACGAGACUUUGGCAAGAAAGAGCCGGCUGUGAAGAAGGCCAUGGGAGACAUGCGACGUUCCAUCAAGAAGUCGGUGGGUCAGCUGCGAGAUGGCAAGGGAACCAAUAAACAACAGACCCAGCAGAUCCGUGCCGAGCUGGAGAAGACCUUGACCAUGGCAGAACCUUCUGUGGAUAUCCGCCAAUUUCUUGCAUACCCACCCGAGGAAAUCGCUCAAUCGGAAAACAAGGUUCCUGCCAUGCUCAUUUAUGGCCUAAAUAUCUUGGUGAAGUGUUUGAUCUCCGCUCUUGUGACCGAAGCCGCCAUCCAGCCUGCACAUGCCGAGCCCGUGGGCAUCCUCGCUGCGCAGAUCUUCUCAAUCGAAUCAUUCAUGUUUAAGGGGAUUCACAUGUCCGACAUCUUGUGGGCCAAGUACCGUGUGGUCUGUCCGGCCCUUUGGGGCUUUUCUGGCGCGGAAGAUACAGCGUCAGGUCGACGUGCUCUGGGUUGGUGGCAUGUCGAAGCCGGAGGACCUUUUGUGACUGAACAAACACACUUGGAUCGGAUGACAGCCCUUGGUGCCGGAUUUGCAGCACUUACAUUGCGCAACUUUGGCAAAACCCAGCGGCGAAAUCCCUUCCCCAACACAAUGUUCUGGCAAUCUCUGCAAAAGAUUCUCUCACUGCCACCAUCCGAAAUCGGAGAUACUCAGGUCACUCUGCUACAAUCUAUGCUUCGAAACUCUGGGGACCGAAUCCUAGAAUUCUUCGGACAGUUCGGGGUUGUACUUGUUCACAAGGCUGUCGUCGAUUUGCCACCAACCCUGAACCGCAAUACGAUGCCAGUGAACCAGCUGAAGCUGGUGAAGGAGCUAUAUUACCGGGAUCACCACAUCCUCGUUUAG